CCCCCGCCCCCACUCUUGUUUUCCAGCACGUAUAACUUCGCUGCAGACGGGUUCCAGAGCCCCUCGAGCGGGGCCACGCUGUGCCUGGGGACCGGCGUGCACGGCGGGGUCGACUGGAUGAGGAAGCUGGCGUUCCGCUACCGGCGAGUCAAGGAGGUUUACAACACCUACAAGAACAACAUCGGAGGUGUGCUGGGCAGUCCCAAGAGGGAGGAGUGGCAUCAGCUCAGGAGAGACAUGGAGGUCAUGACUGACAUGUGGCUCACCAAUGCGCUGAAAGCGCUGACUCUCAUCAACUCCAGGCCAAACUGUGUGAAUGUGUUAGUGACCACCACUCAGCUGAUCCCAGCGCUGUCGAAGGUCCUGCUGUACGGGUUGGGGGCUGCCUUCCCCAUCGAGAACAUCUACAGUGCAACCAAGACAGGGAAGGACAGCUGCUUCGAGCGGGUAGUGCAGCGUUUCGGGAGGCGAGCAGUCUACGUGGUGGUGGGGGACGGCGCGGAGGAGGAAAGCGCCGCCAAGAAGAAGAACAUGCCAUUCUGGAGGGUGAGCUGCAGGGCUGACCUGGAUGCGCUGAGCCACGCACUGGAGCUGGAGUACCUCUAGGGGGCGCCACCGCUCAAUCUAUCUGGACUGGGUGGAUCUCUCGCUGACGACAGCAAUGCCAAAAAAAAAAAAAAAAAAAAAAAAAAAAAAAAAAAAAACAGAGAGGAUUUUUGAGACUUGUUUCAUCAUUCAGCUUUCAAGAACAUCAGGAAUCCCGUUGCGUUUCAACGUUAAAGACUGAGAAAAACACUUGGUGGGAUUAGCAAAAAAAAAAAACAGACUUCAGUUUCAGAAGACGUCUCCAGUCCUAAUUCCUAGGUGCCAGGCAGAUUGAUGCUGGCUGUGCAGCUGCAGGUUCACCCUGCUUCCUCUGUGUUAAUUAGAGGCAGUAGAGCCCACUGUUAUUUAAUAAAAGAGCGUGUCAGCAGGCUGUCCUGCAGGCUGGGCGGCUCAGUGCAUCACAAGGCGAUAGAAAGAGGUUCACUUCUGAGUCGCUGGUUCGAUUCCUGCCCAGCUCAAUCCUGAGUAGAGCAUACUGAGACUCAGGGCUGUGUGGUCAUGUGUAGUAUCAGACAUUCCCUGCAAUAGAAAGUGUGGAUUUGUAGAGUGUGUUUCAGGAAGGUGCAACUGCUUAAACACAGGGUUAUUAUUCAAGAAUUGAUAAGAGGCACUCUCCCGAGGACUGACAGCGUGCCAGCUGGGGGAGGGCUAGCCUCUCGUUUGUUAUGUAUUUUAAAACCCUAAACACUGUAAAAAAUGCAUGCUUGCAGGAGGAAAGUCCCAAAGAUGACUAGAUGGGGCAGGACAAAUUAUUUCUACAUUUGAAAUAUUUGAAAAAUACAGUGGUUUACAAUUAGUCGUAAUCCAUAUUUCUAUAUUCAGUGUGUAACACACACACACUGACACUGACACACACACUAGCUAACCUCAUCGUUCUAUUUCCACAAUGGCAACCGUGAAAGCUGUCCGCACACCCCACAGAAUCAACAAUGAUCUCCGUAGGGACUGUGAUCCAAUUCCAAGCUGCUACAGUCAAUCCGUACCUCUGUGCCACAGCCUGGAUUCAGUCCAGAUGAUAGCACAGCUGUAGCCAUUGGGGCGCCAUGCACAGAGAUUCUAGUUAACGUCGCUAGGAUCAAAGCCUCAGCAGCACAGUCAUAUCCUUCUUAAGAGCUUUCUAAACACUGCUCACAGACCAAGAAAGGGAAACCCCACGUUUGGCCACCGGGGAUCGCUCUUGUGCUGCAGAAGAAAAAACAUUUUUUUUAAUAAGAUAUUUCCUCUUCUUAAGGGCUGGGGAAAAAAAUCCUUGAGAAGCGACUUCUUUUUUAAAAGGCGCAGGUAUGAAUAUAAAAGGUCUCCAAGCCUACUUCUGUAGAAGGAUGGACAGUCUGCUGCAAUGCUUACCCGAGGAACUCCAAGCCUGGAGUCGGGACACCCCAGUCCAUAUGAGUGCAGUGAUUGGCAGUUCAGUAACGGGCUGGACUAGGUGACUCAUCACAUGAUACCUCUGAUCCAAUCAGACAGCUUGGUGUUUAUUUUAAAAACCACAUGUAUGCAAUACAUUCCGGGUUGUGUUCUUAAAAUCCUGCCUGGAAUGAGAGCCAAGCCCUGCAUCUGAAUGGGACAAUCACUUACAUAUUUAUAAACUGUAUUCCCUUCUUGGUUUGGAGCCCAAUUAAGACCUAGAUGCAACCACAAUUCUUCUAGCUCUGCUAUGCCAUUGUCUAUAGUCCAGGAGCGUGUUCUUGAAUUGCGCUAUAGAGCUGCAGUGCUGUAAUUGUUGAUUAAGUUCAGGUCCUGUUCUGGGUGCAGGUUUAGACAGUACCAGGGGAUGCAGGUCACAGUACCACAGAAACUUGACAGAGGAAGCCUCCAAGCCUGCAGGUUACACUCAGUAACAUUAGGACUGCAAUUACAGGUCAGGUGCUGAUUUAAAUAAAAAAAAAAAAAAAAAAAAAAACAUUUUAGAGCCCCAUAUAGCAAACUUGAACGGCUGUUUUUGGAACGGCGCUUUGGGGGAAAAAAAAAGAAUGAACAAGAAUAAAACAUUUGAUUUCAGGGAUGGAAAUAAGACUCCCACAGUACA